AUGACCACAUACCAAGUAACUUCAUUGAUCAGCGAAAGCCACAGAUUCAAGUGUACUUUGAAUUUUACCAAGCUCCCUGACCAAGCCAUGGAUCUAUCAAAAGCUCCAAAGACGAAGCCCAUCUCCGCAAAGAAAGCUGCUCGGUAUAAGGAGAUAUUCGAUGAUCCCCAAGAGAUGAAGGAGAUCUUCGAACAAUGUGACGCAUCCAACCGUUGGGCUCAAGGGCUCAAGGUGGAUGAUCUGGCAUCCCAAUGCACUAAGCCAGAGGGAAAUGUUGAUGAUGAUGAUGAUGAUGAUGAUGAUGAUGAUGAUGAUGAUGAUGAUGAUGACGAUGAUGAAUUGAUGGCUUCGAAGUAUUUCAAGAAGGACUUUGUCAUGAAGACCACGGAUCAAGAGAAGAAGACAGAUGAGCUUGAGGUUGGAGACGGUCUUUCAAAUUCGCUUACGUUGAGAAAGCAAGAGGAGGGGUUGGUGCUCCCGACCAGGAAUGCCACAGCCAAAAGCAUUCUGCCCACCGAGUCCGGAACCAGCCAUGUGGCAGCAUAA